AUGCCAACCAACAGUUCGAUGAGGCGGCGGCCAAGUUUGACUCUGUCCUUGCCCUCGCCAUCCUCUGCUUCGCCAUCGAGCUCGUUGGCAUCCUUGGCGGCUUCUCCACCUUUAACAACGGCUUGGCUGUCCUCCAGAUCGCAGCCCACUUUUCCGCCACCAUCGCUCUCUCCUACUUUGUCAUCGAGCGCUGGCAUCACAUGCACUUUUGGUCCAUCUGGUUCUUUACCUCGGCCAUUCCCGCCGCUUUCGAGCUCUGGGGCAUUGUCAAGGUCGUCGUCUUUCGAGUCCGCAAGUGGUAAUCCUCUCGUGCGCUACCUUGUCUUAUCCUGUAUCCUUCCCUUCUCCAUCGCUGCACACGCUCCAGCUUCGGCUCCGGUCGUCCCGGCGCCGCGCGCUGUUAGCGGCAUGCAGCAGAUCAUCAGAGCAAGCAUGGGCGGGAGCGCCCGGCUGCAGAGACUAGCCAGCGGGCGUACCAAGUCCGCCCUCUUCUAUCGCGCCUUUAAUGCCCGAGUGCCCGCGAUGAAUUCAGUGCGCGAACCCCGCGGCCCAGACCUGGCCACAGCGUGA